AUGGACGGGACGAGGCGCGGGAGGCGGCUCCUCGUGUCGCUCUGCUUCCUCUGCCUGGCCGUGCUGCUCCCCGGCGCGCUGCUGGCGUCGCCGGCGGCCGGGAGGAAGCGGCGGCAGGCCGGGUUCGACCACUACGUGCUGGCCCUGCAGUGGCCCGGCACCGUCUGCCGCCAGACCAACCACUGCUGCAGCUCCAACGGCUGCUGCCGAUCAAACCCUCUCAACUGGUUCACGAUCCAUGGGCUGUGGCCGCAGUACAGCUACGGUGGGUGGCCGUCGUGCUGCAGGCCAACCACCACGUUCAACAUGAACAAGAUCGCGAUGCUGAGGCCGAUCCUGGAGAAGUACUGGCCGUCGCUCUACUGCGGCGACACCUCCACCUGCUUCGGCGGGAGAGGCCCCUUCUGGGCCCACGAGUGGGCGACUCAUGGAACGUGUGGCUACCCGGAGAUACAGGACGAGUACGACUACUUCUCCACGGCGCUCUACCUCUACAGCAAGUACAACGUCACGAAAGCUCUGCGGAAAGCGCAGAUCUACCCGCGGAACGGCCGCAAGUACGCGGUGGCGCACAUCGUGGACGCCAUUGACCACGCCUUCGGCCGGCUGCCGCACCUCGUCUGCAAGAACGGCUCCGUGCAGGAGCUCAGGCUCUGCUUCCACAAGGACUACCAGAUUGUCCUACAGCAGGAGAAGCCAUUGCCCUCGCUACGUCACCCUCCCAUCCUACAAACAGUCUGCGUCGGGGAACGCCACGGAGGGCCGCCUGCGGAACCCAGCGGAGAAUCAGCCGCGCGUACACGGGCAGAGCUACCUAUAACUGACCGUCACGGCCGGGCGCUGUCGGACUGCUCCAUCGAAGUGUGUCCUGAAGCCUGA